UCCAAAUGAGGGCUUGCUCAAUGUACCUUUAUCCUUCAAAAAAAGAAAAUUAACUGACCCAUGGACCGACUGAAACCUGACCUCAGCGGCCGGCUUGGCGUCGCCGACUCAAACGAGACUGGCAAAGCAUAAAAGUUAUGGAACGGAGAGAAAGCCCAACGGUGAUAGGACAAACGGAAAAAAGAGAAAAAAUGCAGAAAACAGUGAGGAAAGAAGCGAUGGAGAGCAUUACAGAGAGGCUAUCGGCGAUGGAAAAUCUCUACUUCCCUCGCGCUCUUCAAUCCAACGCCACUCAUCCCUCCAACCGCAAGUCUCUUCUCCUCGACCUCCUCUCCAAAGACGUCGCUGUUUUCCUAGAGAGAUAUGGAGCAAAACUGACAUGGGAAGAGCUUGGGGAAUUCGAUAUGCUAAACAAUGACUACGAGAUAAAUUGGCACCUCAAGAAUCUUCGAAGCAAAGUGAGUCCAACUUCCGAUGAGUUGAAAUCCAGGUCUGUGAAGGUUAAGAACAGGAGGCUCGCUUACUUGAAUAGAUUGAUACAUGACGGCACCUACUUCUCUGAGGAGGCUAUGAGAGAGAGAGAGCCAUAUUUGCAUCACGAGUUUGUGGGUAAGUUUCAGGAUCCGAGUGCCAGAGGCAUGGCGAGGCGAGGGGAGCGGUGGUCUGAGACGUUGAUGAGGAGGUCUGAGGAGGCUAUUUUGGUUUCUAAGAUCAGGGCGGAGCAGCAGAGAUUGGGUGUGGCUGAGAGGGAUUGGGUUGGUAAUGAAAUGAACCAACAAGAGGAGGAAGAGGAUGUAGAAGAAGAAGAAGAAGAGGAAGAGGAAGAAGACGAGGAGGAAGAAGCAAAGACCGUACCUGGUGGCGUGCACUCCACUGAGAUGAUUGACAAUACACGGGGUGCCCAGCCAACCAGAGGUCAGCAUAAUGAGGAGGCAGCUUUAUCCCAAGAAGAAAAGGAAGAUAUGAUGAAUCAAUUUACCUACAUCAUGCACCAAAAAUUCCUUUCUGGGGAAGACCAUCAACACAUGGAUUACUCAAAAAUAGAUGAUGAUGAGACCUUGGAUGAUCACUGGCUUAGGGAAGUCAGCCUCGAUGCAGAAGAUAAGUAUUUUGCUGAAGAUGAGGAUGAUUAAGAUGAUUAGGUGCAGCUGCAUUGACUCUGUUUCAAACCCUUUUACUAUUCAGAUUUUGUUUCUGGAGAUUUGCUUUUGUAGAUAUGCACCUGGUGCUUCCCUUUUGAGUAAAUGAUAGAUUAUGUAUUUUGUUAUCACUGACCUUGGUUCCUAAUGGUUUAUCAGAGCAUUUAGUUGGAACGUGA